ACGCCGUCAUUCCAAAGAGUUGACGCCUUCUUUCAUAGUUACUCGAAUUAGCCACAGUAACACUUGCAGCCGUGGGGUUCGCACAGUUAUUCUGAGUUUUAUCUUGGAGAAGUUUUUCUGUUCUUUAUUGUUGGAAAAUUUCAGAUGUUGCGAGCGUGUGCUCUUCUGUUCGCCGGUAUGGCGUCCUUUUGCGGUCUAUCAAUGGCUACUGUAACUCUUUCAAAAACACUCAUUACACCCUCGCCUGGAAAGACAAACAGUGUUACUUGUACUGUGAAAGAUGGUGAGAGAUUUAUAGGAUGGUUUGAUCCAGCUGGUAAAAAAGUACCCACAUCAUCCAGUGAAAAAAUUUUUGUGGAAACUAAUGGAAAUAACCACAAGCUCAAACUCACAGAUGUCAAGGUCUCCUACGGGGGAACUUAUACAUGUAAAGGAACCACAAAUUCAAAAUCUUUGAAAGUGCAUGUUGAAUUUGACACAUCAGAUGUUGUCUCUGUGCAGCACAUCCAAAUAGAUAAAGAAGGCACUAUAAGACUUGGCGUUACUGGCUUCCCCACACCAAUCUUUACCUGGAAGAAAGGCUCAAAAAGAGUUGGUCCAAAUGUAAACUCUCGCUACUCAAUUGAAGAUGAUGGCUCAUUAAAAAUAAGUAAAGUGGAAAAAUCAGACGGGGGGAAUUAUACCUGUGCUAUUGAGCAAGACGGUACUGAGGAUGACGUGAAAAUUGAGGUGUAUGCAGUAGAACUUCCAAAGAUCAAGCCAUUUGCUCAAACAAAGAAGUACUUAACAGAGGGAUACCCUGUCACCUUCCUGUGCGAGGCCACAGGCUACCCUCUUCCCAAGUAUAAGUGGUUCUCCCCCAAAAAUGUUGAGUUGAGUGAAUUUGGAAACAUCAAAAUUCAAGAUGGUAAUCUGACCUUCACAACAGUUGACAGUGCUUUUGAAAAAGGCAAAUAUAGGUGUGAGGCCUACAUUGAGAUAGGGGAAACUCCAGAGCAGGUUGGACGAGCAGAAGCUUUUGUUGAAGUGGUUGAAGUUUAUGUUGAACCCAACAUUAAUCCGACCCAAGGUGUUACAAAGGAUGUAAAGAUGAGUGGUGAUUACAAAUUAAUUUGUCAAGCCACAGGAUAUCCCACUCCAGAUGUGAGAUGGACCAGGAAUGGCGAGAAAGACCCUCGUGAACAGCAAACUCGUGGUCAAAGUAUGAUUGAGUUCAGAAGAAUUCAGGUGGAGGAUGGUGGAGUCUACACAUGUGAAGCAUGGAACAGUGCUGAAGACCAAUAUGGAAAUCUAAUUGUUAAAAGACUGAACAAAACAAUAAAUGUUGAAUCUAAACCUAUUUUUGAUGAGAAGGCUUCAAUCAACCCUGUGUUCUCUUACGUGGGGAACAGUGAUCCAACAUAUGUACGCUGCAAAUACGAGGGAUAUCCUACACCUUGGGUUGUCAUGACUUUUGAUGGAAAGCUGAAGUCCAAUGCUACUGGAACAGCAGAGAUCGAGGUUAUAACAGAUGCAAUCAAGUACUUUGGUGACUACAAGUGUUAUGCACAUAAUAAGUUUGGAUGGACAAAUAGAACUGUGACAAUGGAAACAGCAAAAAAGCCAAGUCAGGUUCAAGGUCUGAAACCAGUUCCCACCUGCAAUAGUAUCAAACUUACUUGGAAAGCGCCCAGUGAAAAUGGUGGCAUGCCUAUCAACAAAUAUGUUUUGAAUUACGAAACCACGACGCGUAACGUUGAUGGUGAUUCGACAACAUACACGAUUAGAAACCUGGAACGGAACACUCGUUACAGUAUCAAAGUGAGGGCUACCAACAAGGCAGAAUGGGGAGACAUGAGUGUCGUGGAAACAAAGACUACCCAGUUCUGUGCCCCGGGUCGACCAAUCAUCUACUCGCCCAAGGGCAGUCUUCUGGAGGAGGACGAAUUCACAUUAAAAUGGCGGCGGCCUGAGGACGACGGAGGCGACAGUAACAUUAAAUAUAAACUAGAGUACCGUGUUGAGAGGAAGGGAAGCGAUGGACCUUGGAAAACGAUAGAAACCGAGAAACAAGAGGCGAAAAUCAGUCAAAUGGAUAACAAAGAGACUUACAAAUUUGUCCUGGUUGCCAUCAAUAAAGGGGGCGAAAGCGAGAAGGUGAUAAAGUAUUACAAAACAAACUAUCCUGAAGAGACAUCUUCACAAUCAAGCCUCGUGCCCAGAGCGUUUCUUACAAUCUGUCUAGGAGGGAUGUAUCUUCUGCUCUGACAUUUAUAGUGCCGACGAGUGAUAGUUCAACGCAAGAAACAUUCCUCACUGAGAAGACAAUAUAAAUUUUGUAGUACGUUUGUUAAUAAUCGAUUGUAGUGAUUUAUACAUCAGCUAUCGUAAUGGCACCCGGUUUUCUUGGUUCACAAGAUAAGAGUGCGAUUCCGAGCUCGGACUUAUCUUUCUCUGGUCCUUGAGUUGCCAGGCAACCCAGUCAUUUAAUGGAGGGGGCAAGUUUCUAAAGAAACUGCGGAGGUGCGUCGGUGGGGGUGUCACAAGACUGAUUAGGUUAAUCAACUGAGUAUAUAAUUUAAAUUGGCCGCUCUAUGUUGUGACAUAUUUACAUUAUCAACCUACUCAUUGGCUUGCUAGGGAGCUUAGCGUGUGAACGUGGGAAGGACAGUUGUUGUUUACUGACUGGAUGAUAGCUGUCUAAUUCUGCUUGGGAUUCAGUUGUGUUACAAUACUUGGGCCUUUGCAGUAACGUAAUGUUUUUGGAGUGAAAGUGUAAUCGCGGCUCAUGUCGUAUGGUUUUUUCGUGAUAAUACGUGUUCUUAAUUUUUAGCCAAGUUUCUUACCUUGGAGUGUUAAUAGAGGUUUUUGAAACGUUUGCCUGGUUGUGAUGAUUAAGUACAUCGUAAUUUUUAAGCCGAACACAGUUAACGAAGUGUGAGUCACGCAACGCGUUUGUCUAUUGACCGCCUGCAUUAUGCUCCAAAUCGCGCUCAAAGGGUUUUUCCUUCUUAAACACGAGGCAUUUUCUUUGUCUCACGAGCUCAAAUAUCUUUUAUAUUUACACAAGGUAUGAAGGGAAAAAGCAGUUAAAUUCACGUGAAAGUUUGGUGAUGAUACUGUAUGUUUUUGAUCGAUGAUGAAACGGUUUGUAAAGAAGAAUUAGAUUUGUUUUAACAGAGGGCUUUGCAUUUCAGUAUUAAGCUCCCCAGGUUUUCAGCAAAUACUUAAAUUAGAUGAAAUUUAUGGAUUCUAUUUGGUAAAUUUAGGUAUUAUUGAUGAAAAUAUAGUUAUAUUAAUUUGUUGAUGUUUACGGAGUAAAAGUAGUGGUAAUAGAUUGGUUAGGGUUUGUAGUUUUAUUUGCUUGUUUUUGUAAUCUUUUUUUUUAAUUCUUAUAGUUUUCUGAUCUCUACAAGAAAAAGUUGUGAACCCUCUCUUUUUUCCUCUCUAUUUGGACAAUUUUUACUCGAUAGUGCUUCAGUAGGCGUCCUUGAAAUAUUUGUCACGCAACACAUUAAUGUUACGCUAAGACGCGCGACAAACCAAGAAACGCCGUAAAACUGCCGCCUACAAACUCUCUUUUUAUCCAACAGGAGUAAAACUGACAAAUGUCAUGUAUAAAAUACAAUGCAGUUCGUAAUUAAACUCCAUGUUAGAGGAAGAAUAUAAUAAAAUAAAAAAUUUCGCUUUAUGAA